AUGUUUCUUGCAUAUGCUGCACAUAAAAAGUUCAAAGUUUUUCAGAUAGAUGUAAAGAGUGCCUUCUUGAACGGUGAACUUGAAGAGGAAGUGUAUGUGGAACAACCACCUGGAUUUGUUGAUCCUAAAUAUCCAGAUCAUGUCUAUAUAUUAGAUAAAGCAUUUGGAUUUAAGAGAGGUACCAUUGAUAAAACUCUCUUCAAUCUAAAUCAUGGCAACGAUCUGCUUCUUGUUCAAAUUUCUGUUGAUGAUAUUAUCUUUGGAUCAACUAAUGACAAGAUGUGUGAGAAGUUCUCUAAGCUCAUGCAGUCCGAGUAUCAAAUGAGUUUGAUGGGAGAGAUGAGUUAUUUUCUAGGACUGCAGGUAAAGCAAACAAAAGAUGGUAUCUUUAUAAAUCAGUCCAAGUAUACUGACAACCUGCUUAAGAAAUUUCACAUGCAAGACAAUUCCACUGCUGCCACUCCAAUGGCAACAGCAACCAAGCUUGAUGCUAAUCAAAGAACUGAAGUUGAAAUAACCAAUUACAGAGGGAUGAUUGGCUCACUAUUAUAUCUUAUAGCUAGCAGACCUGAUAUCAUGUUUGCUACUUGUCUGUGUGCAAGGUUCCAAGCCAAACCAAGAGAACCUCAUCGAGUUGCUGUUAAGAGGAUCUUUCGAUAUCUCAAAGGAACUCAAGGUCUUGGAUUGUGGUACUCAACUGAAACUGAUUUCAAUCUCUGUUGUUACUCGGAUGCUGAUUUUGAUGGGUGUAAAGUUGAUCGAAAAAGCACCUCAAGAAGCUGUCAGUUUUUAGGAGGACGACUGGUUGUCAUGAAAAUUCAGUUCAGCAUUCACUCACAAAGCACACCAGUAUUUGUUAUCACUUCAUACCUGAGCAUGUUGAAGAGGGCACAAUUGAACUUCACUUCAUCCCAACUACUGGUUCUUCUCGGAGAAGAACGUCGGUAUGAUGAGACAGAGCGUCAUCGUAAGGAGGCUCUGGAAUUGCAAGUGAACAUUAUCAAUCUCGCCAACUCCAUUGCGAAAUUUUAUCGCAAUAGGGAGUUGAAGCGUCUUGAGGAUGAGGAGAAGGCGAAAAGACAAAAGACCGAGGCGUCCUCUAGCUAG